AUGUCGUGCCGCUGCCAGUCUUCGCUCUGUCGAGUCCUCCUGGGAAUACUAUCUUUCUCAAUACUUCCCGUGCGAGCUGACUACUUCACCGAACCGCCUAGUUUCGAAAUUGACCGAAGUGGUGCUCGUGUGACCGUCCCGGAUCUCAACAGCACUUAUGUACUCGGACAAAAGGUUCACAUCACAUGGGAGGUCCCGACUGUGCCAUGGAUCUCUCUAAGUCUUGUGCACUGGGGACAGGACGCCGGCAUAGCUGUCAAAUCUUUCAUCACUAAUGACAGAAACAAUGGAUAUUACACGUGGUAUAUCGGAGAGAAUGACGGCAUUACGGGAGAGACCAUAGCUGCAAACCCCAACUUCGCCCUGAGAAUCAUCGACCCAACCGGGAAUUACACCCAGACCAAUGCGCCUGCGGGCUUCAUCGACAACGGGCUACAAAGCCGCGGCUUCGUCAUCAAAGCAAACGCGACAUCCGGUCCAGCGACGGAGUCGGCCGCUCCCUCAGCGGGCUCAACGAACCUCUCCACCGGCGCCGUGGCCGGAAUCGCCGUGGGUUGCGCAGCGGUCGGGGCUCUAGUAGCCGCGGCUCUAUGUUUCUGGUUCUUACGUAGACGCAACCGAACGGUACACGUCUCGAACACGGGAAACCAGGCUCGCCAUCCCACGCCCACGCUGCAUCCCGUUGUGCAUCAGCAGAUGCGCCACGACUCGGCGUAUGCCAGCCCCAACUCAUCCGGUGACCACAUGUUCGUGGUGCCGCCGGCUCGUCAACUGUCGCACCAGACUAGUAAUGUCAGUCCGAUCAGCCGGCGGCAGACUCCUCCGCCAUCGUACCCGUCGCCGGUGGACGAGUACCAGAGUCCAAUGACAGAGCUGCCUGGCGUCCGAGAGCCUCAGGAAGUGCCGGCGACGAAUUCGAGGUACCCGCCAGAACUUGCGGGAUCCCAGCGACAUUGA